AAUCAGACGGUUCUCAAUACAACAAAAUUUCCAAACAAAGGUUAUUAUUUGAUUUAAAUGGGUCCUCCAAAGCGGAAUAACGAGGGCAAGCGGUACAGUGAAGGUAAAUCUAAAAAACGUAAGAAGGAGGAAGAGGAAUAUGUGUAUGAAGAAGACGACACAAAUGAUAAUGAGGGGGCUGCCGUUGUUGCUGCGGCCGCUCGGGACGCCGAAAAGAAUGACCAAAACGUCUUGGAAGACGAGUUUGGUGCGAAAGAUUAUCGCAGCCAAAUGGAAUUAAAGCCUGAUAAUCAAUCCAGACCUUUGUGGGUUGCACCGAAUGGUCACAUAUUUCUUGAGUCGUUUUCACCUGUAUACAAACAUGCUCACGAUUUUCUUAUCGCUAUUUCUGAGCCAGUUUGUAGGCCAGAGCAUAUACAUGAGUAUAAAUUAACUGCCUAUUCUUUGUAUGCAGCUGUUAGUGUUGGUUUACAAACUAAUGAUAUUAUUGAAUACUUAAAAAGGUUAAGUAAAACCACUAUUCCUGAUGGUAUUAUAGAAUUUAUUAAAUUGUGCACAUUAUCUUAUGGCAAAGUGAAACUUGUUCUGAAACAUAAUAGGUAUUUUGUUGAAAGUCCACAUCCAGAUAUUUUGCAGAAGCUGUUAAAAGAUCCUGUUAUUCAAGAAUGUAGAUUGAGGAGAAAUAUCGAGGAAGGAGAUGAAUUUAUUACACAGGUACAAGACAAGAAAAACAUCCCAACAUUUGGAUCCAAACCCAGUGGCUCUGUAGAUGCUCCUGCAGAUGGCAAUCCAGUUCCUGAUGACAUUACAAACUUCUAUGACAAAAUGGAUAAUGAGGAAGAGGAUGAAGAGACCACCCUUGAAACUGUGUCAUUUGAAGUAAACCAAGAGAAGAUUGAAGUAAUCCAGAAACGAUGUAUUGAAUUAGAAUAUCCAUUAUUGGCUGAAUAUGAUUUCCGUAAUGACACUCACAAUCCUGAUAUUAAUGUAGAUCUGAGACCAGCAGCAGUGCUUAGACCUUAUCAAGAAAAAAGUUUGAGGAAAAUGUUUGGUAAUGGAAGAGCUAGGUCUGGUGUCAUUGUACUUCCUUGUGGUGCUGGUAAAUCACUUGUGGGAGUCACAGCUUGUUGUACAGUCAGAAAACGUGCCUUGGUUUUGUGUAACUCAGGUGUAUCUGUGGAACAAUGGAAACAGCAGUUUAAAAUGUGGUCCACUGCUGAUGAUAGUAUGAUAUGUAGGUUUACAUCUGAAGCAAAAGAUAAGCCUAUGGGCUGUGCAAUUUUAGUUACCACAUAUUCUAUGAUUACUCAUACUCAAAGAAGAUCUUGGGAAGCAGAGCAGACCAUGAAAUGGCUUCAGGAGCAGGAAUGGGGCAUAAUGGUGCUUGAUGAAGUACACACAAUUCCUGCAAAGAUGUUCAGAAGAGUGUUAACAAUAGUUCAGUCUCAUUGUAAAUUAGGUUUGACUGCUACUUUGUUGAGAGAGGACGACAAAAUUGCCGAUUUGAAUUUCUUGAUUGGUCCAAAACUAUAUGAAGCCAAUUGGUUGGAGUUGCAGAAGAGGGGCUACAUCGCCAGAGUGCAGUGCGCUGAAGUUUGGUGUCCAAUGACCCCGGAAUUUUACAGAGAGUACCUGGUUUGUAAGUCUAGCAAGAGGCUGCUGCUUUAUGUUAUGAAUCCUAAUAAAGUUAGAGCUACUCAAUAUUUGAUCAGGUAUCAUGAAAGAAGAGGUGAUAAAACAAUUGUGUUCUCGGACAACGUCUUUGCUCUAAAACAUUUUGCUAUCAAAAUGAAUAAACCUUAUAUUUAUGGUCCAACAUCUCAAGGAGAAAGAAUUCAAAUCUUACAAAAUUUCAAAUUUAAUCCAAAAGUAAAUACGAUAUUCGUGAGUAAAGUCGCCGAUACUUCUUUCGAUUUGCCCGAAGCUAAUGUACUAAUCCAAAUUUCUUCUCACGGCGGUUCUCGUCGUCAAGAAGCACAACGUUUAGGUCGUAUUUUGCGUGCGAAGAAGGGGGCUAUAGCUGAAGAAUACAAUGCCUUCUUUUAUACUUUGGUGUCGCAAGACACUAUGGAGAUGAAUUACUCGAGAAAGAGGCAACGGUUUUUAGUUAAUCAAGGUUACAGCUACAAAGUUAUUACUUCUUUGGCUGGAAUGGAUGAGGAGACUGAUUUGUUAUACACUACAAAGGAACAGCAGGGACAGUUACUACAACAGGUUCUUGCUGCAAGUGAUAUAGACUGUGAAGAUGAGAAAAUACCAGGGGAAGGUGGUCCAAAAGGCCCAGCCCAUAGAAAAGCUGGCCAUAUGGGCUCCAUGUCCGGAGCAGAUGAUGCCGUUUAUUACGAAUAUAAAAAAUCAUCAGCGAAUGUUAAUAAGCAUCCUCUGUUUAAGAAAUUCCGUUACUAG